GCUGUGCGUGCUUUACAUAAACAAGAGAAAAGGAGUAAAAAAAAAAACAUAAAGUGGAGUUGCCGGCCGACCGGAGCUUCGGUCGUCCCUGACAGGUGCACAACCCUCAGUUGACUUCGAAGAUCAGCUUCCCGGGCAGCCUCGGAAUGAGAUUCCAGCUUCUGGGUCGGUAGCAGAAUCCCAACUCGAAGAUCCCGAAGACGACCCCUGUGACUGGUAGGUGGAGCAGAGUGGGAAGAGAGGGAACAAGAAGGGGCCCGGUUCUUGAGACUCGGAGUGGGUUUCUCGUACCGGUUGGAGUUUGCCAUUUCCGCUCGCAUUAUGUUUCCUCGGACCGUGAGUGGUUGUUUCUGAUUGACGAGAUUGGAGUCAAAUGGCCCGGCGUCAUGGGUGGGAGCUCCCUGCUCACCCUUUCCAGGUGGUAGCCAUAACAGUUUUCUUCUUGCUGUCCGUCGCAUUUUAUGCCUUCUUUGCUCCUUUCCUUGGGAGGGACAUAUAUGAAUACGUAGCUAUUGGUGUAUAUUCCCUAUUGGCACUCUCUGUUUUCAUACUAUAUGUUCGGUGCACCGCAAUUGAUCCUGCUGAUCCUGGAAUUUUGGUUGAGUUCGACAAGACUUCAGCAUUCAAAUCACAUAAUGAAACUGAUUUAACAGGAACUGCUGCUUCAGCGGAAGAACCGGGGAAGUGUGAGUUGAGGAACAGAGAAAGGCCCAAUAGGGAAAACGUAAGCUGCUGCUCAACAGUGGGAGGAUUUUUUUGUGGAUUUCUUGUUGUGGAAGACUGUCGUAAAGAUAAAGGCAAUUUACAGCAAAGCGGAGAGGAAGAGGCUCUGUUCUGCACAUUGUGCAAUGCUGAAGUAGGCAAGUUCAGUAAACACUGCAGAAGCUGCGACAAAUGUGUUGAUGGAUUUGAUCACCAUUGUAGGUGGUUGAAUAAUUGUGUCGGAAGAAAAAACUAUAUCACAUUCAUCUGUCUUAUGGGAGUAAGCCUCAUAUGGCUUAUAGUUGAAUUUGGCGUUGGAGUAGCUGUCCUUGUCCGGUGCUUUGUUGAUAAGAGAGGCACAGAGAAUCAGAUAAUGGAUAGGCUUGGAGUCGGAUUCACCCGAAUUCCUUUUAUCAUUGUGGUGGCAAUCUGCACAGUGGUUUCUUGUCUAGCAACUCUGCCUCUGGGAGAGUUAUUCUUCUUCCAUAUGAUUCUCAUUAGAAAGGGUAUUACGACUUAUGAAUAUGUCGUCGCAAUGAGAACCCAAAGCGAGCCACCAGGACAAUCCUUAGGUGGUGGCGAUGAGCAGCUGAGCCUGCCUUCUUCGCCAACUGGCUCCGCUGUCACAGCCACUAGUGGAAGGAGCUCCCUUGGGAAGAGUUUGCAAUAUAAAGGUGCUUGGUGCACUCCUCCGAGAAUCUUUAUGGACCAUCAGGAUGAGAUUAUCCCACAUUUGGAGCCAGGACGCCUGCCCUCAACAGUAGAUCCUGACGCUGCUCAACUCUCUGACAAAGGGAAAAGGGUGUCCCAGCGACAGGUUCGAAUCAGUGCAUGGAAGCUUGCAAAAUUGGAUUCUAAAGAGGCGAUCAAAGCUGGUGCUAAAGCCCGAGCAUCAUCCUCUGUGCUACGCCCUAUCGGCUCUCGCCACCAUCCUUACGAUCCUGAUCACUUGUCCAGCAGCAAUGUAAGUGGGAGAAGCAGCCCUCUGAGCUCUGAUCAAGGUGGAUCCAUCCACCAACGGAGUAUUAGGCCUGGGACAUCGAGGAGUAAAAGCUCGUACCCACCAAGUCGGGCAAGCCGGGAAGAUAUUGAGACGUGCGGGCACAGCCUAAGCAACAUGAGCAGCCCUCACCUCUCAAACAUUACAACCUCACCAUUGGAACCUCCGAGGGCCCUGAACCGUGACCACUUCAACCCGAUUUACCAAUCCUCAGCCAUUCAAUCACCUUGGUCCGGGAAACAGAGCGAGGCCAAUGAAACUUCCACGAAUCCAGCCCGUGGAACUGCCCCAACAAAUCCCCCUCGGAGGAACCUUAGCGCGGCGGAGAGUGGUCGGGCCUCAGUGUUCUGGGACCAGGAAGCGGGGCGGUACGUGUCCUCUUCAGCCACUUCUCGGGCCGGUGGCAGGGCAGGCCAGCUACCUGGGGGCGAGCUCCUGUACACGGGCCAGUCCAUAUUCUUUGGCGGUCCACUGGUGAAUGAGGGGCCGAGCAGAGGAGCGAGAGGUGGGAGCUCUGGGGGAGGAUCUGAGAGAGGACCCACGGCAAGCUAUUACCAGCAGGGUAGGACGCAGAGGGGAGGGCAGCUGCCUGUCUUUCUCCCAAGCGACUACCAGCGGUCUUCACGGUUUCCUUAGCAAUGGUAUUCAGUAGAAUCGUAGAGGACGGACUUGACUUGUUUUGUGUUCAUAGAGUCGAGUGUUGCCAUUUAAGCACAAUGCGGUGCGGUGCGGUGCUGUGCUUCGUUAACGAAACAAAUGUGACUCUGUCCGUUCAUAUUGCUAGCUAUGAAUCACAAAAUCCCAACUUUUUUAGAGAA